AUGCCCGGCCCCGGUACCGACCUGUGCGGCUGGCCCGGUCCCGGUAGCGACCUCUGUGGCCGGCCCGGCCGUUCCGGUUUCUCCGCCGUUCUGUUGGCCCGGUGUUUCCCCAUGGUCCAGAUUCAGCACCAAGGACCCACGUGCUGCACGUCACAACCUACUUCCGGCCGCCCAAUAUGACGUUUCCCCCAGCGGCGCCGCUCAUUCGCCAGGCAAGCUGUGACCACGCCCACCGGCGCCCUGUUAUUGGUCAGUGCGGCUGUCUGCCGGGUCGCCAUCUUGGAUGUGGGCAAAACCCAACCAUGGACUCCCUCACCGCCAUCAUUACCGCCAUGGAGGACAAGCAGAGGGCUCAGCUGCACUGAGGGAGACUCUCUGACCCUGGGAGGAGUCAGCGUUGCCAUGGUAACUGGAUAAGUGGAUACAGUGCUUAGUAAAUAAACUGGCGGGUCCUGGUCAUACCUGCCAAGUGUCCUGAUGUAGGAGAGACAGUCCCUAUACAGAGCCCCACUUCCCUCUCACUAUCUGUCUCACAUUUCUCAGGUUGGGUUCCAUGUGCAGCUAGCAGUGAUCUCUAAUCCUGCUCCAGGCUGGGUGGAUGUUGGAGUGUCAGCGAGUUGCCAUCAUAGUCUUAGGCAAAAGUUACGAAAAGCCGGACACAGGCACAUGAGAUAAAGCAAAUAAGGCAUCGUUUAUUGGAUCAUAUGGACAAAAAUAACAUACCGAAUUAAGAGGCCAUUGAGCCAAAAUGUUGUAUGUUGUUUUGCACGUAUGACAACAAAUUGUUUCUUAAUAACUUCACAUCUUGAAGCCUAUGUACUGCUUUUCCUAAUUAUUUUCUUUGCGGAUUGUGUGCGCCAGUAUUUUAACUUAUUCUGUUACUAUUUUGUGUCCCGUGUGUAGCCUUAGGCAGGCAGCGCAAAACACUAUGCCGUUUAUUUCGUGAAACCAUAACUUAUUGGUUUUAUAUUGUUGAAUAAAUCAGAAUAAUGUAAAAAUGUAUUAAAAGAACAUGCCAACCAUAACCACUACAGCGUGCCGUAGUGUCUCUGGUGCCAGAAGCGCCUUGACGCCUAAUCAUUGUAAGUAGGCAGACCAUUUUAGGGCAGUUUGACUUCUUGCCAGGGAUCCGCCAGGGGGCCUUUUUUUCAGGCAGUGCAGGGCUUAGCUCAUUGGCUGAGAGCAAUCAUCUCACGCUCUCAGUUAGGGCGCUAACUCUGCAUUGUAAGGCUUAGCUUAGGAGAGCUGACGGACGUUUCUAAGCAGAAGCAUCCGCUCCCUCGGGACCAAAAGUCUUAAAUGGUUUGAUUUCUAACAAUGCGGUGUGCCAAGGCACACCCUGGAAACAUAACCACUACAGCUCACUAUUUUAGUUAUGGUGCUUGGAGUUUUUGUUUAAUUGUGAUAAAACUAAAUGUUAGAGUUUCUAUGUCUAGCUGAAGUGCUAACGUUAGACAUUGGAAUGCUAUCACUGUAUUUAAAGCUUUGAAAUAUAAUUUUUUGAGCAUGUAACAUCUUUCACUGCUAAUCUAAUAACAAGUUUUACAAUGAUUUAUUAGAUCUCUUGCAAGUGCAAGAGUAAAUGACAAGACAUGCGCCCUCUACAUUCACACCUCUGGUUUUCUGUUGUAGCUGCUCUGUUCCGUUGGUAAGGGACUUCGUUCUACUAUCUGUCCGCAGUCUCUCUUCUACAUUAUAGGACGGAGAAUUUCUCUGAGCAAAUCAUUGGGAGACUCUAAAACAGAAAUCAAUGGAGACAAGACAGAUUAUUCUUCUACCCAUGAGAGUGACUCAGGAUCCCAGGAACCCACCGUGCCACCCCCACCCACGCAUUGCUGUAUGAGUGGGUGCCAUAACUGUGUAUGGAUUGCCUACGCAGAGGAGCUCCUGGAACUAUACAAAGAUGGAGGAGAGCGGGUCCUUCGUGCCCUUGAGGAGAAAAUUCAGGAUGAGAAUCUUAAAAUGUUCAUAAAAAUGGAAAUCAAGUUUCGAAUUAAAAGGGACGGGCAUUGAAAUCACAUUAGCCUCUAUAAUAUAUGGUAAAAUAUAACAUUUCUUGUACCUGGCGGAGCAACUCUUAUUAAUAUUAAUUUUCUGGACUUCAGGGAGCGACUUUUAUUGUUAUAUUAUUAUUAUUAUUAUAAUAUCAAGUGCCGGCUCCUAGAAUCCCUCUCUGCAAACACUGUUACAUUUUGCACAAUGUAUUGAUUUUAUUUAUUAAUAAUCUAUAUUAAGUUUUUGAGUGAAUUCCUUUUUUUCCUCUGGCUGCAGACCCAUUUUGGGGUCCGAUCCUACUGUGUUACGACUUACUGUUUGUUAAUGUAACUUGCUGCAUGUUGACUCAAAAUAAUGAGAUCUUCCUCUUCACCUCGCGUGCAGGCAGUCCUGGCUGUGGUUGUGUGUUUUAUAAUAGACCUUUACAUUUUCUAUCAGAGUUGUUUGUUUCCAGUCUGCUCUCUUCUAUCCCAGAGAGAUUGAAACAUAGAAACAUAGAAUGUGACGGCAGAUAAGAACCAUUCGGCCCAUCUAGUCUGCCCAAUGUUCUAAAUACUUUCAUUAGUCCCUAGCCUUAUCUUAUAGUUAGGAUAGCCUUAUGCCUAUCCCACGCAUGCUUAAACUCCUUUACUGUGUUAACCUCUACUACUUCAGCUGGAAGGCUAUUCCAUGCAUCCAC